AUCACUCUUCCGGAUGGACGAAAGCUAGGCUACGCGGAAUAUGGCCUUCCAAAUGGCCGACCGCUCUUCAACCUUCAUGGGCUUCCAGGCUCUCGAAUUGAAUCUGCGGCCCUCGAACCGAUUGCCCUCAAGCUAGGUCUUCGUGUCAUUGGCGUAGAUAGACCUGGCUAUGGGAUGAGCUCUCCACAUCCAAAUUAUACACUCCUCGAUCAUCCAAAAGAUCUGGUCCACCUUUCCGAGCAUCUCGGCCUGGAAGAGUAUGCCGUUCUCGGGACAUCAGGCGGCGGUCCAUAUGCUCUUGCUUGCGCUUACGCAUUGCCAUCCGACAAGCUAAAAGCUGUAGCGGUGGUAUGCGGUAUGGGAGCGCCAGAUAUGAGCAAAAAAGGCAUGAACUUCAUGCAUUGGGCAGGCUUCUCUUUCGGCUACCUCUACUUUCCCUGGAUCUGCCGACUCUACAUGAACCGCGAACCGCAAGCACGCCUUGAUCUCCCACGAGAAGAGCGAGCCGAACGCAUUGCUAGAGUUCUUCUACAAGCAGGAAAUCAUCCCAAGGAUCUUAAAGUAUUCGAGAGUGACUAUGCCGAAGAUAUCAUUCGACUUCUGAUCCUGAAUCACGAAGCUUCAUAUGGUGGACAAGGUGUUGAUGCUAUAGUACAGGACGGCGCGACCAUGUGCUCCGACUGGGGGUUUAAGCUGGAAGAUAUCCGAAAAGAUCUGCCUGUGCAUUUGUGGUACGGGAAAUACGAUGUGAUU